AUGAAAAGGAAGAGUUUAGGUAUGGGAGGUUAAUUCGACGAUUGGGAGGUCGGCGAAGAUUACGAGUGCGUUAAGAUAUUAGGACAAGGAUCAUAUGGAGCUGUGUGUAGUGCUAUUCAUAAACCCUCAGGCAAGAAAAUGGCAAUUAAAAAGAUGGAUGGAGUUUUUGAAGAUGAGGUUGAUUGCAAGAGAAUCUUGAGAGAGAUCAAUCUCUUGAGAAAGCUUUAACAUCCAUAUGUUAUUAGUGUAUUCGAUGUUAUUGAACCCAAGAGUCAUGAGACAUUCGAUACAGUUUAUCUUGUAUUAGAACUAGCUGAAUCUGACUUGAAAAAAGUUAUUAAGAGUGCGAUACACUUGCAAAUAAAACACAUUUAAACUGUGGUAUAUAAUUUACUAUGUGCAGUUAAAUAUCUUCAUUCAGCCAAUGUCAUUCACAGAGAUCUUAAACCUGCUAAUGUCCUUGUCAAUGAGGACUGCAGUGUUAAGAUCUGUGACUUUGGCUUAGCCAGAAGUAUUACUGGAGUUGAAAGCGCAUCAAUGUUAUUAAAUGGUAGAAAAUUCAACAAAGAUGAUGAGGAGACUAAAGCAGAGGAAGCUGAACAUGAUGUUAUCUUGUAAGGCACUGAAAUUGCUAAGAUUCAUUACAAGGAUAACCUCAACCAAGAUCAUGAAGAUGCCACAAUGAACUAGAUGAAUGAACUCAAGUUAGAUGAAUUAGGUAAACCUAAGUCAGAGGAAGAGAAAAAGAAAGAAAUCUCAAAAAAGCUAAUCAGAUCAAAAGAUGCAAGAAAGAACAUGAAGAGAGAGUUAACUGGGCAUGUAGUAACUAGGUGGUAUAGAGCUCCAGAGCUUAUUUUACUCGAGAAAGAUUAUGGCCCAGCAAUCGAUAUGUGGUCUGUAGGUUGCAUUUUUGCAGAGCUACUAGGUAUGAUGAAGGAGAGUGCUCCAACUUAUCUCGACAGAAAGCCACUCUUCCCAGGAAAGUCAUGUUUCCCUCUAUCACCAGAUAAGCACGCUAAAGAGGAGAGAAAAGGUUUCCCCUUCUCUAAAAAUGAUCAAUUAGCAGUCAUCUUUGAGGUCAUUGGCUCCCCACUUGAGGAGGACAAGUCAUUUGUAACUGACCAGAAGGCCCUUGAGUAUCUUGAGGCUUUCCCAGCAAGACCUAAGACUGACUUGCACUAAUUAUAUCCAGGUGCUGGUGAUGAGGCUUUAGACCUAUUAAAUAGGAUCCUGGUAUUCAACCCCUAUUUCAGAAUUACUGUAGAGGAAGCACUGUCUCACGCCUUCUUUAAAAAAGUAAGAAAGCCAGAAAAAGAGGUAAAUUCAGAAGUUCAAAUCUAAAUCGAGUUCGAGAAGGAGCACUUAGACAGAAAGAAGCUAAGACAAUUAUUCCUUGAAGAGAUUCAGUUCUACAAAACACAGAAAUAAAAUGCGGCAGCACAUCAACAUUGA